UAUGUGAAUGUAUAAAAAGUUAAACUAAGACCCUUAAAAUAAUAUUCAGCACGUUAAAAUAAUAAUUUAACUUUAACAAAAAUAAUAAAAUUAGUUUAGUAAAAUUAAUUUUAAUCAUAAAAAAUAACUUAAUUAAAAAUAGAAUAAGUUUACUUCAUCAAAAUUGCAAAGGUUACCCAAAAAAACAUACACACAAUCACACUCACACUUCACACAUUUCAUAUGUACGUUAUUUGCCCUUAUGAUGAGGUUAUCUCAAUAUUUUUUUUUUUAAAAAGUGUAAGCUUCAGAAGACGAAAAUCCUCUUUUUACAGGUCUAACUUAAGUUUUUUUCUCCCUUUCUAGUUAAUUGGGAUCUUUCUCUCCAAAAAAAAAAAAAAAAAAAAAAAAAAAAAAACCUUUUCAUGCAUCUCGCUGAUAAUUCCUUCCUCAUCGAUGACGGUGCUCUGAGUUUUUCACUGGAAAAAUCAAUGGGCAAAAAGAGUUACAUUAUACCUGCAUCGAAUCUGAGCAUUGUUUGGGCUGAUACACCAAGAUAUUGGACAUGGCAUUCUGAGCCUACACCGAGAUUUUCUCAAGUAGCAGAGCUUGUUACUGUCUGCUGGCUUGAAAUCAAAGGGAAUAUAAAAACAUCCUUGUUAUCUCCAAACACAGAUUAUGCUGCUUACCUUGUCUACAAGAUGCAGAGCGAAGCCUACGGGUUUUACUCCCCGGCUGAGGCGACACUUUCGACUGCUGAAGGCAGACGCGAAACUGACAAAUUCUAUUGGGAGUCCCAGGAGAGGUACCAAAUUGUACCUAGGCGUUUCAACCAGUUCAGGUUUCCUGUGUCAAGGACUCAGCUGACGACGACUAAAAGAGAGAUUGAUAAUCAAGCAAAGCUUCCGAAGCAAAGAUCAGAUGGAUGGCACGAGAUCAAGAUCGGGGAAUUUUCAACUGGCAGAAAUGAUGAUCAAGAAGUGGAGAUGCAAGUGUUGGAUAUCAAGGGUGGGAAUUGGAAAGGUGGUUUGGUUGUUGAAGGAAUUGAGAUUAGACCAAAAAUUGCCAUGGAAUAAAAGGGAGGGAAAAUAUAUCAACUAGUUUUAUUGUUUUUAUUGCAUGAUAUAUAUCAAUAUAUGUUACCGGAUGUGACAAUUUGCACUCAAGUAGAUGAAUUGGGAGAUUUUAUGUUGUGAUGAUGUUCCUUGAAUAUGAGUCAUGUUCCUUAAAUAUAACUCAUUAUACGCUAUUUAGAAAUGAAAUUAGUAACACAAUUAUCUUACUUGACUUGUAUGUUAAUUAAUUUAGACGUGAGGAAUUCCAAAUCAAAGUCAUCGAAGAGCUAGUCAUGAAGCUUCCAUGCCAAGGGCGGCAUUGGAUCGAUUCAAGAGGAUGUUUA